AGGCUGUAAGUACCAAACCCUUUAACCUCGACCUUAUAUAUGCCACCCUCUCGUAGUCCCCAAUUACCAAAACAGAAGAGAAAAAAUAUUCGAAGAGAUAUCCAGAUCGAAAGAUCCCUUCUUUUCUCUCAUGCCGUAAUCAUUAUUUAAACAAAAAGUCUCUUCCUUUCAAAAACCCAGAAAGGAGAGAAGAGAGAAUAGGGUAGGCUUCGGUCGCAGAUUUCUCUAUCCCAUCAAUUUCCGCUUUAAUGGCAGAGUCGAAGAGGUACAUUUCUCAGGAAGAGCUUCGGAAGCACGAUCAUGCAGGAGAUCUGUGGAUCUCACUCCAGGGCAAGAUCUACGAUGUUUCAGAUUGGCUUAAAGACCACCCAGGCGGUGAGCUUCCAUUGCUCAGUUUCGCUGGCCGAGAUGCCACGGACGCGUUCGUUGCGUACCAUCCGGGUACUGCAUGGCAGUAUCUUGACAAGUUCUUUACCGGGUAUUACCUCCGUGACUACUCUGUUUCAGAGGCUUCUAAAGAUUAUAGGAAACUUGUCUCGGAAUUCUCCAAGAUGGGUCUGUUUGAAAAGAAGGGACACGGAGUGUGCUUUACGCUUUGCUUGAUGGCAAUAUUGUUUGUUGCGAGUGUUUACGGUAUUUUGUGCUCUGAUAGCACGUUGGUGCAUCUGGUUUGCGGGGGUUUGAUGGGGUUCCUCUGGAUACAGAGUGGCUGGCUUGGGCAUGACUCUGGACACUACCAGAUAAUGGCCACCCCUCGGUUCAAUCGCUUCGCUCAGGUUCUUACUGGGAAUUGUCUUGCAGGGAUUAGCAUUGCCUGGUGGAAGAGGAACCACAAUGCACAUCACAUUGCUUGCAACAGCCUCGAUUUCGAUCCGGAUCUGCAGCACAUGCCUUUCUUUGUGGUAUCUUCAAAAUUCUUCAACUCGAUUACUUCUUGCUUCUAUGAAAGGAAGAUGAAUUUUGAUUCAUUUACUAGGUUCUUGGUUAGUUACCAGCAUUGGACGUUUUAUCCUGUGAUGUGUCUUGCUAGGAUUAACUUGUUCGCGCAAUCGUUCUUGUUGUUGUUUUCUAAGAGAAGGGUGUCCAAGAGGGGUCAGGAGAUAUUGGGUAUGCUUGUGUUUUGGAUUUGGUACCCUUUUCUUGUUUCAUACUUACCCAAUUGUGGUGAGAGAAUAAUGUUUGUUCUUGCAAGUUUCUCAGUCACGGGGAUUCAACAUGUUCAGUUCUGUUUGAACCAUUUCUCGUCCUGUGUUUAUCUUGGCCCGCCGAGUGGAAGUGAUUGGUGUGAGAAGCAGACCAUGGGCACGCUGGAUAUAUCUUGCGCGUCUUGGAUGGAUUGGUUUCAUGGUGGGCUGCAGUUUCAGAUUGAGCAUCAUCUAUUUCCUCGUCUACCUCGAGGCAAUCUCAGGAAAGCCUCGCCAUUUGUCAAGGAACUAUGCAAGAAGCAUAAUUUACCUUACAACUGUGUGUCAUUCUGGGAGGCCAAUGUAAUGACAAUUGGGACACUCCGGACUGCAGCCCUGCAGGCUCGUGAUCUUGCCAAUCCAGUCCCAAAGAAUUUGGUCUGGGAAGCUGUCAACACUCAUGGAUGAGAAUCUGAGAUGGGCAUCUUUUGAAGGGCAUCUUUUGAAGCAUUCUAAGAAUUUGACAUUGCAGUAUUCCUGCCUAUUUGACAUCGGUGUUAAGUAGGUGCGAUAACUUCAUUUCGAUUGGUAUCUGAGGCUGUUCAACCUUGAUUUCAAUGGAAGAAUAAUAGUCAUAUUUAUCAUUGCUUAGACGCUUCAAACAGUAUUAUUAGGUCUGCAUGUUUGUGAGAUCGGCUCGUGCCCUUUGGAAUUGUAUGACUACCGAUAUUAUUCCUCAUCCUCUUGUUUGUUCUCAACGCCACAGGUAGGGAUUAGUGGAAUGUAAAGUAAUCGUGUUUUCAUAAGGUAUUUGCAUUUGAUCGCUCUUAGGAGGCUUUGAGUCUCUCCCAAUAUGUUGUUUUGUGUUUGUGUUUGGAACUCCAUUGUCGUUGAGACCAAUGGUGUGAUCAUUAGAUUGGCAUUUGUUGUUUUCCUGA